AUCACUAUAUAAACCAUCUCAGAAUGCCUCUCUCCGAUUCGUUUCAUCUCAUACAAGAGAAGAAGAAGACGAUCGAUAAGGAGAAGAUAAGGAAAGGGGAAAAGAGAGACUCUCUUUUCGUUUCUAGGGGUUUUUCUUCCCCUAGAAGCUUUCUUUUUUCCCCCGGAAUAUUCUCUCUUUUUGUCACCGCGGAGUUUUAUAAUUCUCGCCGGUGAUCGGAAAAUGGAGGACGACUAUUAUAUGAGCAGCGAGGACGAAGGCUAUUACGACGAGGAGGAAGAUAAUGAUCGCGAGAGUCUGGAGGAGGAGAUGAUGGCCUACGUUGAGAGUGAGACUCCAAAGUGUGAGGUUUCCUCCGCCAAGGUAAUUUCAAAAGAGUCUCUCUUGGCUGCACAGAGGGGAGAUGUGCAGAGGGUGAUGGAUGUGUUGUCAUUGAAAGAGUACCAUGCCCGAACCUUGCUCAUUCAUUAUCGAUGGGAUGUCGACAAGGUGCUUGCUGUGUAUGUUGAGAGAGGGAAAGAGUUUCUAUACGAAAAGGCAGGCGUGACUAUGGUGGAGCAUGACACAUCCGAGCUUUCAUCUGAGGUCAUGUGUGAUAUUUGCAUGGAUGAAAUUCCGGCAAAUGAGGUCACUGUCAUGGAUUGCAAUCACUGUUUCUGUAACGAAUGUUGGACAGAGCAUUUUAUUGUGAAAAUAAAUGAGGGUCAAAGUAGGCGCAUCAAAUGCAUGGCGCACAAGUGCAAUGCUGUGUGUGAUGAAGCCAUAAUUAGAAAUCUGGUCAGUGCAAGGGAUCCUAAUCUGGCAGAGAAGUUUGAUCGUUUUCUCCUGGAGUCAUAUAUUGAGGAUAAUAGAAAGGUGAAGUGGUGCCCGAGUGUUCCUCAUUGUGGAAAUGCUAUACGUAUUGAGGAAGAUGGUUUAAUCGAGAUUGAAUGUGCAUGUGGAAAGCAAUUCUGUUUUAGCUGUUUAUGUGAAGCACACUCUCCUUGUUCAUGCCACAUGUGGGAGCAAUGGUUGAAGAAGUGCGUAGAUGAAUCAGAGACUGUUAAUUACAUUUCAGUCAACACAAAGCCUUGCCCAAAAUGUAACAAGCUGGUUGAAAAAAAUGGAGGAUGCAAUUUAGUUACCUGUAUCUGUGAACAACCAUUCUGUUGGCUCUGUGGUGCCCCUACUGGUUCGGAUCAUACAUGGGAUUCCAUUGCAGGUCAUGAGUGUGGACGAUUCAAAGAAGAUGAGGAGACAGACCUUGAGCAAACCAAGAAGGACCUAUUUCGUUACACUCACUACUUCAACCGUUUUCAAGCUCAUAAAGAUUCUCUUAAGCUUGAAGCUUCGCUGAAGGAAACCGUACAAAGAAAGAUAACAUAUUUGGAAGAAAACUUAUCGUCAUCUAAAGAUUAUAGCUGGGCAAGCAAUGCUCUCGACAGACUCUUUAGAUCAAGGCGAAUUAUUGCAUAUUCCUACCCAUUUGCAUAUCACAUGUUUGGUGACCUUUUCAAAAAGGAGCUGACAUUAGAAGAAAGGACUAUAAAACAGAACUUGUUUGAGGACCAGCAGCAGCAGCUUGAGGCAAGCAUGGAGAAGCUUUCUAUGUUUACGCAGGAACCUUUUGAUCAUUAUUCCGAGGAGAAACUUCACGAUUUAAAAUUAAGGAUGGUGAAUCUUUCUUCGCUUGUUGAUAAGCUCUGCCUAAAAUUGUUUGAAUGCAUUGAGUAUGAUUUGCUGGGCAAACUUCAAUUUUCUGUUCACAGAAUUGUUUCUUACAGCUCAAAUGGAGUGGAGAAAGCAUCAGAAAUUAACAGUUGCUCUGGAUUCUGAAAAUGACAAUGGGACG